AUGAGAAGAACAUCCGUAUCCCUUCCGACGAAACAAACUCCUCACGACCCACACGAGAAACCUGAUCGCUACGCAGCCAACCGCUGGCAACGGCAGCCCUUCGCGGCUGUAAAGGAAGCCUUCAUGGCGCAAUCACAGAAGGCGCGUUACCUCAAGACGGCCGGCAUUUCCUUCAUCGUCCUCCUAUUAUUCUGGUGGCUUGCCCCCAGCGGCGUCGAGGUCUACCAUGACGUCUCCCGCGGCAAAGGCUUCCCUCACCCCAAGGGUUUCUCUCACGCCAAGGGGCCCUCCCGUGCCAAGGGGUCCCCCGACCCCAAGGAAAACGACGGUCAGGCUCCGUCCGACUCGUCCUACGGCACCGAUCGAUGCGCAAAGUCCUUCUCCAAGGACAAACCCAUUAUCCAGUACGUCCUCAUGAUCGACGCUGGCAGCACCGGAUCCCGAAUCCACGUCUACAAGUUCAACAACUGCGGUGCCAUCCCCGAGCUGGAGAAGGAGGAGUUCAAGAUGACGGAGAAGUCGGUCGGCGGCUUGAGCAAGUACAAGGACGACCCCGUCGCCGCUGCCAAGACGCUCGACCUCUUGAUGGACGUCGCCAUGGAGCACGUGCCCGACAAGCUGAAGCGAUGCAGCCCCGUCGCCGUCAAGGCGACGGCGGGCCUGCGCUUGAUCGGCAAGGAAAAGGCCCAAGCGAUCCUCGAGGAGGUUCGACGCCACCUCGAGCAGGACUACCCCUUCCCCGUCGUCGCCGAGGAGCAGAACGGCGUCGCCGUCAUGGAUGGCUCCGACGAAGGCGUCUACGCCUGGAUCACGACCAACUACCUCCUCGGCAAGAUCGGCGGUCCCGACAAGAGCCCGACCGCUGCCGUCUUCGACCUCGGCGGCGGCUCCACCCAGAUCGUCUUCGAGCCCACCUUCAAGGGCGUCGCGCACGGCGGCAUGCCCGAGAAGCUCGCCGAUGGCGAUCACAAGUACUCGCUCGACUUUGGCGGCCAAAAGUUUGAACUGUACCAGCAUUCCCACCUCGGCUACGGCUUGAUGUCGGCCCGCAAGGCCAUCCAUAAGCAGCUCGCCACCGACAUGGCAUCCAAGGCGACGAGCGACGCUUGGAUGGACGCGCCCGUCGUCCACCCUUGCAUCGCCCCCGGCAUGUCGGCCGAGAUUGAGGUGGACAUGGGCGACAAGGGGCCGCGGAAGCUCAACUUCACCGGUCCCUCGCACGCCGCCUCGGCCCAGUGCCGUAACUUGGCCGAGAAGAUCCUCCAAAAGGACGCCGGCUGCAAGCUGGCUCCCUGCUCCUUCAACGGUGUCCACCAGCCGUCGCUCGGCAAGACGUUUGCCAAGGAGGACGUCUACAUCUUCUCCUACUUCUACGAUCGCACCAAACCUCUGGGCAUGCCCGACUCCUACACCAUCCGGGAGCUGCACGACCUCACCCAAACCGUCUGCAUGGGCAAGGAGGGCUGGGAUGUCUUCACGAGCAUACCCGAAGCCAUGGACGAGCUCAACGAUCGACCUGAACACUGCUUGGACCUCAAUUUCAUGACGGCCCUGCUCCACACCGGAUACGAGAUGCCCAUCGACCGAGAGGUCAGGAUUGCCAAGAAGAUAAAGGGAAACGAGCUGGGUUGGUGCCUCGGCGCCAGCUUGCCUCUAUUGGCCCCUGGCUCCGGCUGGAAGUGCAAGAUUAAGGAGAUCUCCUAG